UCUUGAUGACGUCGUGACGUACUUGGCACGAGCCGCGUCGGAAAAAACAGAAACAAGAGUCAAGAUGGCAGCUGGAGCGGAGCACGGGCUGAAGAAAGUAGUGUGGCAGAAAAUAAAGGACACUAUUAUAGCAGACUGCAGAAAAUCAGAAGUAUGGAAGAUAAUGAUACUGGACAGCUUCACCACACGGCUCCUGUCAUUGUGCUGCAAAAUGUCCGACCUGAUGUCAGAAGGGAUCACGAUUGUGGAGGACCUGUUCAAAAGCAGGGAGCCAGUCCUAGAGAUGAAGGCUGUCUAUUUCAUGUCCCCUACUGCAAAGUGUGUUGAUGCGUUCAUCAAUGACUUCAAGCUCAAACCCAAGUACAAAGCAGCAUAUGUCUACUUUACAGACUAUUGUCCAGAUGACUUGUUCAGCAAAAUGAAGGUGUUCUGUGCAAAGCAUAUCAAAGUGUGUAAAGAGAUCAACAUGUCCUUUCUUCCCCUGGAGGCACAAGUGUUUACCUGUGGGAAUCCAGAGACCUUCAGGAGCAUCUACAGUCCUCAGAGUUCAGACCGAGGCCAAACUCUGGAGACCCUUGCCGAUCAGCUAGUCACUCUGUGCGCCACCCUGGAUGAGUACCCUGGUGUUAGAUAUAAGAAAGAUUCAACACUGGAUUAUGCCAAAAUACUGGCUGAGCUAGUGGACAACAAACUGGCCCGAUAUUAUGAGCUGGAUGACAACGGCAAGAAAAAGGAAAAGACCCAGGCUCAGCUGCUUAUCGUUGACCGUGCUUUUGACCCCGUGAGCCCGAUACUGCACGAGCUAACCUACCAAGCCAUGGCUUAUGAUCUCAUCCCCAUCAAGAGCGAUGCCUACAAGUUCAAAGCAAAGGACGGUUCAGAAAAAGAAGCUUUGCUGAAUGAAGGUGAUGAGCUGUGGGUCAAGCUACGACAUUUGCACAUUGCUGAGGUCACUGAACAAAUCCCCAAACUAGUGAAAGAGAUUUCUGCCAACAAGAAGCAGACAGAUGGGAAGAUCUCAAUAGGAGGCUUAAAGCAGCUCAUGAAGCAGAUGCCUGCCUUCCGUAAACAGGUGGCUGAGAAAACGGUCCAUCUGACACUAGCAGAGGACUGCAUGAACAAGUUCCAGAGCUCGGUGGAGAAGCUGUGCAAAGCAGAGCAGGACCUUGCUGUUGGUUCUGAUGUUGAAGGUCAGAAGGUAAAAGACCCCAUGAGGACGCUACUUCCUGUUCUUCUGAACCCCCACUCCACCCACGAUAAAAUCAGAGCGGUGCUGCUUUACAUCUUCGGCCUCAAUGGGACGACGGAGGAGAACUUGACUAAACUGAUUCAGCAUGUGAAGAUUGAGGGGGAGAGUGAGUACAUUACGAACUGGAAAGAGCUGGGGGUGCCCAUCAUUUCCUCGUCAAGUUUUUUCUCCUCCCGAAAGCCCUCUCGGAGAGAUCGCUCCCAGGAAGAGAGAUACAACCUCUCACGAUGGGUGCCCGUUGUCAAAGAUCUGAUGGAGGAUGUCAUUGAGAAUAAGUUGGACACACGGGAUUGGCCAUACCAGUCCGAGUGUCCUUCUGCCUGGAAUGGGUCGAGAGCUGUGAGUGCGAGGCAGAAACAUAAGCCCAGCGCUCAGGAUGACCACAGGACGGGCUCACGUCUCAUCGUCUUCGUCUUGGGCGGUGUCUGUUACUCAGAGAUGCGCUGUGCCUAUGAGGUCACACAGGCCAACAAGUCCUGCGAGGUUAUCAUUGGUUCCUCUCACAUCCUCACUCCAACGAGCCUGCUGGAGGACAUCCGUGACCUCAGCAAAAAGCCUAUGGAGACCUUUACGAUAGUGGAGGAGACAGUCUGAGCAGCCUGAACCCUGUCCUAGCUCCCUCUUCUGUUCUCCUUCAGCCCUGCUUUUCUGCUCUGCUCUCCUCUUCCCCUCUUGAAACAACACAGCACUCAACCUCUAUGACACAGGACAGAAGGGAACUAGUAUGUGAUCCGCGUGUACUCCUUUAGGGCAGAGGGUCCCAGUCUAGUCACAUUUUCCUCACAGGCCCGUCUCCUGUUACACCUGACUCAGGUAAGCAGGUCUUUGGAACUCUCAUUGCCUGGCUGAGAUGAGUCAGCUACAGUAAAAUGAGAGCACAGACUGGCUGGGGACCUCUGAGUACCGGAGCUCAGCCUUAGGACCUCAUAGUGGACCUUCAUAGUGCCUCAACAAACAUCAUUCCUACUAGUGUAACUUUUGAAAACUUUUCCUGGACGUUUUGCACUAGAUGCAAAACAUCCAGGAAAACAUUAAAGUUUU